CCUCUAGCCAUGGCAGCCCCCGAUCAGACCACCUCAGCCUUGUUCGUUGCGUUUGAUCGAAACAAAGACGGCCGGCUCUCCUACGAGGACCUUCGUCAGGGAUUCAAUAAGUCCGGCUACAGGAUCAGUGGGGAGGAGCUGAAAGCACUGGUUGAUAGGUUUGAUACUGAUGGAGAUGGGGCCCUGGACUUCCCCGAGAUGUUGACGGUGAUGGCAUGUUUACACAAGUCAAACAAGGCAAGGGAUGAUCUUUACAAGAUAUUUAACGCUAUGGACGCCAAUGGAAACAGGCAGAUCAGUAAAAAGGAAUUGCAGACAUCGUUGGCGUUGUAUUGCGAUCAGAAAGUUUCAGACGAAGAAAUGGACGAAAUAAUGUCCCAGGUCGACUUUGAUAAUGACGGGUAUAUGUGCUUCAAAGAGUUCUCAAAAUGUAUUCAUCUCUUCAAAAAAUAAAGAAAACAAGAAUUAAUGAAUCAUCUUUUGAGUCAGACCCUAUCAGAAAUAUAAAAAGUAAUACAUUGUGUGUGAACGAUAUCGCUGUUUUACCUUGCUAACCACUACAACCAAUAACAACCUACAACUUAAACCAGAUGCACCAAAAUAGGGUGUUCAAUGUCUAACUCCACAUUAGUCACAGUUUACAUGAUAUGGAUGGAAAUUAAAAUAUGUAUGAUAUCAGAACUGUGUGUAAUAAUAAUAUUCAUCAUCCAGAAGUUAGACAUUGUUCUUCUAAUUCAUUACAAAAUCAUUUGUCGGCUAUUAGUUAAACUAGCCGAGAUUGUUGUAACUAAAUUUCCAGGCUGACGUCUAUUAAUAACUAGAGAG